AUGGUAUGGAUGCUCCAUCCCCCCCGAUCACAGGGAACACGCGCUGACCACAACCUCCCGUCAUCAGGGCUCUCCCUUCGACAUCAGUAUGCCAGACCUUUCUUCCCCCGGCUUCUCAUCAUCAAACCAACCAAACUAACCUCUGGAUUAGAUGGCGGUGCCUCCGUCGCCAUGGUGGGCAAGGACUGCGUUGCCAUCGCCUGCGACCUGCGCCUGGGCAUGCAAGCCCUGACAGUGUCGAACAAUUUCCCCAAGAUCUUCAACUACGCCCCCUCGACCUACCUAAGCCUGACCGGCCUGGCCACCGACGUGCAUACCGUCUCGGACCUCUUCCGCUACAAGGUCAACAUGUACCGCCUGCGCGAGGAGCGCAACAUCUCGCCCCAGACCCUGGCCAACUUGGUCAGCUCGUCGCUGUACGAGAAGCGCUUUGGUCCGUAUUUCGUCAGCCCCGUGCUGGCGGGAAUCAACCACACAACGGGGAAGCCGUUUAUCUGUGGCUUCGACAGUAUCGGGUGCAUUGACUUUGCCAAGGAUUUCAUUGUCAGCGGGACGGCAAGCGAUCAGUUGUUCGGUACUUGUGAGGGUCUGUGGGAGCCGGAUCUGUCGCCCGAUGACCUCUUCGAAACCAUCUCGCAAGCACUGCUGAGCGCCGUCGACCGUGACGCCCUCUCUGGCUGGGGUGCCCAGGUCUAUAUUAUAGAGAAGGACAAGGUGACCAAGCGGUUAUUGAAGGGGAGACAAGAUUAG